AUGGAUCACCUAAUUUCACACUUGGAGGUUGCAAGGGAAACUGAAGAUGGUGUCCAACAAGGAAUGGUUAUAGUCUCGAUUUUUUUCACCCUCAAUUUCCAAUUUAAAGAUUCUUCUUCACAUUCAAAUCUCGAAAUCGAUUUCUCUCUUUCAAUUUCUUUGAUUGUGAUGGCGGUUUCCGAUUUGGUGGUUCGGAAUUUGAUGAUGCUGUACUUGGCGGUGAUAGCGGCGAUCAAGGGGUACGCACAGGUGAGUGGGCGGAGCUACGGCGGAACAUCGGUGCUGAUUCUAUCGACGGCGGCAGUUGGGGUUUUGUUGCUGGGCACCCUGACGUGGGAUGUAUCUCGUAAGGCUGCGACGUAUGGCGUGGUGACACGUGGUGGUGAUGAGGUGGAGCAUGAGAUGUGUCGUGGUGGUAUCUGUUGGCAUGGUGUCGCCGUGAAGUCUCCGGCGUCGCAGCUCCGGUUCAGGCUACCACAACGUCAAAUAAUCAACGGCCAAUGAGAAAUAAGACCAAAUAAUGUAAAAUAGAAAAUGAGAAGGGAUGUAAACAUAAA